GAAUCAGGGAACACCUGUCACCAGCAUUGCUGAAGGAUUAAACAGGGAAGAAGAUCCAACUUCCCACAAAGUGUUACAAUGGACACAGAUCCAGACUCCACAAUCACUAAAUUCUUGACAGAGUGUCAGAGCUACCAGCUAUUCCAACUGACGAAAUUCUACUGGGACAGAAUUGAACAGGCAGUUGUAGAAGGGGUGGAUGGCGUCAGCUCAUUGUUAACAUAUCAGAAGAUUUUCAGUGGAAAAGAACAUUCGGCAAUCGUCGAGCUUGCGAGAAGGGGAAACCGAGCGGACAUUUCCAAACUUCUCCUAAGCCUGGUGAUGGAGAAAGGCUCUCAGGCCCAAAGAGUGAUGUGGGAAUCCUUUGUAAAAAUGCGCCAUAGGUUACCAAAGUUGGAUAAAAUACUGAAAGAAAUACAAGAACGUGGUAGUAAUCCAAUUCAUUAUAUGGAUAUUGUCCGAAGUUUAUCCGAAACACCCAGUCAUCUGAAAGGUGUACAGCAGAAACACAAGGAGACGCUCCGGGUGCAAACUGAAACACUGAGAGUGAACACUGUCCUAAUAAAGGAGAAAGUGAAGGUUUUCCAGCUGCUUGAUCGAUACAUUGAGCUAACGGUCAUUUCUACUGUUCGAGAACGGACACUCGUAGAAAAUGAACUGCUGGCAAGAGGCCGAGACCACGAAGAGUGGAGAGAGAAACAUCUCCGUCAUGAACUGGAAAAAAUCCAAAGUGAUCAACUGUUCCACAGCAGCUUUUCUCACAGAAAGUCUAACUCUGGUAGCUCUGCAGCAGUGAGCGGAGUCCCAGGGAUUGGAAAAACGACAAUGGUACAAAAGAUUGUUUAUGACUGGGCCACUGGGAAAAUAUCCCCAGAAUUUCAAUUUGUUUUCAAUUUUAAUUUCCGGGAUUUAAACUCUAUUAACAGUCGAGUAAACCAGAAUAUGAUACUGGAUCAGUAUCCUUACUUUGGGAAUGUUCUGGGAGAGCUGUGGAAGAACCCAGAGGGUUUGCUGUUUAUAUUUGAUGGUUUGAAUGAAUUCAAAGACAAUAUUGAUUUUUCUGACAGUCGGAGAAAUGCAGAGCCUCAGUCCAUGUACACUGAUCCUGAAUGCUGGUGUGAAGUGUCUGACAUUGUGUACAGCUUAAUUCAGCACAAGCUGCUCCCAGGAUGUUCAGUGUUAGUGACCAGCCGUCCCACUGCAUUCCAUUUAUUGGAAAAGGCUGAGAUCAGCGUCUGGGCUGAAAUCCUGGGAUUUGUUGGUGACGAACGGAAGGAAUAUUUCAACAGGUUUUUUCAGGAUCAGACAGUGGCAGCAGCUGUUUUCAAACACGUGGAGGAGAACGACAUCCUGUACACUAUGUGCUACAACCCUUCGUACUGCUGGAUCCUUGGGCUGUCGCUGGGUCCGUUCUUCACACAAAAAGACAGGAGACAGCAGCAAGUUCCCAAGACCAUCACCCAGCUCUAUUCCUACUAUAUUUACAACAUUCUGAAAAAUCAUGGCCGAGAGAUUGAAGACCCACGCAACGUGUUUCUGAAGCUUGGUGAGAUGGCGUUCGCAGGAGUCUGUGAGAGGAGGAUUGUGUUUAGAAAUGGACAUCUGGUCCAAUACAACUUGCGAACCUCCCAGUUCCUGUCUGGGUUCAUGAUGGAACUUUUGGAGAGAGACAGUUCUGUCCGCAGUGUGGUUUACACAUUCCCACAUCUGACCAUCCAAGAGUUUGUAGCUGCCCUCGCACAAUUCCUGAUUGCACAUCCUAAGAAUAUCCUGAAUCUUCUCUGUGAAGCCCACAGCAAGGAUGAUGGGAGAUUUGAAAUAUUUCUCCGUUUUGUUGCUGGUCUCUCCUCCCCGCAGGCAGCGCAGCCCCUGGAGAGUUUUCUGGGUCCGUUCUUUCAUCAGACAACCCGUGGAGUGAUUGAGUGGAUGAAGGAUACCCUUGUCAGAUUGGCUGGAAGAGUAACGACUCUCACUGGGAAAAGAAGCCUCCUGAGGGUGUUGCACUAUUUAUUUGAGUCUCAGAAUAAAACACUGGCUCAGGCCACAGUGGGGUCUGUGGAUGUACUCGACUUUGAUGAAUUGCGACUGACCCCUAUUGACUGUGCGGUCCUCUCUCAUGUCGUUGGGUUCUGUGAUUCAGUAAAAGAGCUCACGCUACAGCAAUGCUAUAUUCAGUGUGAAGGAGUCCAGCGGCUGGCAUCCAUUCUGCACAAAUGCCACGUCUUAAGGUAAAUGCAUGUUCAGUACUUACAUUUGUUGAUAAACCACUUUAUUGUGCUGCAAAGGAAACAAAGAAAGCACCUUUCUCAGUUCAAACAGUGGAGGCAGAGUCAGAAAAUCUUUAGAAGUCAAGACGAGUGUAAAACACUGAGGUGAAAAAUAAGAAUGAUGCCUUUGCUAACCAGUUGUUAGUCUGCUCAGCGGAUUCUUGUAGAAUUUGACUGUGGAAGCGAGAUGAAAAGGAAAAAUGUGAUAUUUAUUUGCAA